AUGUCCAAGACUGAUGAUAUGACUACCUUUGGCUCAUUCGAGCCCACACUGGCCGUUGACAAACCCCUCACAUGGUGGAAAACACUUUCGAUCUUCUGGGACACGCUUUCGAGUACCGCCCUAAGUAGAUGUUGGCCUGCACUGAUUGUCACUGGUAUCUGGUCGUCCUCAAUAUGCGUGCUUAAUUAUUACACGCACGGAAAAGUGUCGAUUCAGCCGACCCUUAUCACCGUGUUCGGUACCGUCCUCGGUUUCAUAAUAUCUUUUCGGACAUCAUCCAGUUUCGAGCAUUACAAUGAGGGUGCAAAACUCUGGUCUCAUAUCGUGUUAAACUGCCGCAUCUUUGCUCGGACCGUGUGGUUUCAUGUCCCAGCUCCCCCAAAGGAUUGUCAUCGUCCAAUUGCUGAUGAAAUAACCGACCAGGACCCAGCGAAGACCCACAAGGAAUGCGCUAUGACCCUAAUUGAGAAGAAGACAGUAGUGAAUUUACUCGAGGCGUAUGCUGUCGCCGUCAAGCACUACCUGCGAGGGGAAGAAGGAAUUCACUAUGAAGAUCUGCAUACACAUGACCUGAAUCACGACAAAUCGGAAUUCUCUGGGGGCGCAGUCGCUCAAACUCACGAGGUGGCAGUGCCUGGGUCUUUGUCAAGACCUGAAAAUCGAUCAUUUUGGACGGACACCACCACCAAAACCAUUGCACCGUCUUAUUAUGAUGCAGAGUCUCUUCUACCCGCCGAAUUACCUCCUAGGCACGGCUGGCGAGCAGCCUUUCCAUUUCCGAUCUUCUUUUGGGUAUGGAGAAUCAUAAGGAACCAUUUUUGUAAGCUUGGAGCAGAUGACGCACGUCAGAAUUUCCGCCCUAGCAAAAAUAACGUUCCUUUGGAGAUAUCUUUGUACUUGACAUCUUACAUUUCCGCACUGCAAACCCGUGGAACUGUGGGUGACCCAACUUUAGGUGUGCUUUUCGCGACGCUUAAUGAUCUCGUGGAAACCCUGACUGGGUUAGAAAGGAUCCUUGCCAUUCCGAUUCCGUUUUCUUAUUCCUCGCACCUAUGGAUGAUCACAAUACUUUACUGUGCAGCUUUGCCCUUCCAGCUAUGGUCCACACUUGAAUGGUUCACCAUCCCAGCGACUGUGAUUGCUAGUUUGGUUUUCUAUGGCUUUCUUGUGGCUGGGGAGGAAAUUGAAAGUUAUGACAGGAAUGACUUGGUCUUCUUUCUGUCCGAAGGCGUAUUUUCUCACUUCGUCCAUCCAGGGAAGGAACUUCAUGCUAUUACAGCGACGCCAGCCCCAAACCCAGCGGUAUGGGUGUUCUCGAAAGAGAACAAUUUUCUUCAAGUUGGACAAUAUUCGAAGGACAAUUCGGACAAGAUACCGGCGGCCUGGGUUGACAAGGGGAGAGAGGAGAUUCUCAGUGCUUUACAUGGGUAG